UUACUCUUUAACCUUGUUCCUUCCUCCUCGUCCUCUCAUUCAAUAUUCAUUCACAUCCCAAAAGGAGAAGAAAGAAAGUUAGCAAAGCCCACUCACUAAGCGUGCUCAAAUAUUUUGUAGAAAUAAAGAAAGAGAAAAGGUCUUUAGGACAUCAAUACCACCCCCCUCUCUAUUGUAGCUUCUUCCUUUCUUUUCCCUCUCUCCCUUUUGCUUAUUCUAUUUGGGUUUUCUUUCUUACCUCUUGGUGGGGUUUCUUUUUGGGGCGUCUUAUUAAUCAUUAUAUGGUCUUUGGUGAGUUAGUGUGUGUUGGUUUUAAAGAUUUUCAUGGGUUGAGGUUUGAGAAACUUGGUCUCUGUUUCCAUAACUACCUUUUCUUCUUCUUCUUCUUCUUCUUCUUCUUCUGUUCUGCUUUAUAUUAAGUUGUUUGAUUUUGGCUAUAUAGUGUGUAACUGGUUUUCAAAAUGUUUAGCUUUGGACUUGGUUGAGGACUUUGAAAAAGUGAACUUCUUCGAUUUGCUUGCUUUAUUUUCAAGACUACAAAGAGAAAAAGGUUGAAGAGUAAAGGAAAGUAGUGCUGAUUCGUCAUCUGGGUUAUUUCAAAAUUGUGGUUUUAGUAACUAUAUAUUGACAUGGAAGGAAGCUCGAGAAGAGAGGAGGUUUGUCCUCAGUUACUAGAUUUGAUUCCUCAAAACAGAGAGUGGCUCGUGAACGGAGAAAAGGAGAGAAGCCAUGGCACAUCAGAUGAGAAAAAGUUGGAGCUCAGGCUUGGUCCACCAGGUCAAGACUGGCCACUGAAAGGCAACAGAGAAAGACACGAGUCGCUCCUUUCUCUUGGUUACUUCACCCAAAAGACUAAUAACAUCAACAGCAACAGUGGCAACCAUAACCAAAACCACAAGUUUUCUUCCUCAGAGAACGGAGUUGGGAAUGCUCUAUCUUCUUCCCCAUGGCCUUCUACUCCCACCUCUUCGGGAUACCAAGGGCAGUUCCAACAGCAAGGAAAAGCUCCGACGUCGUUUCUUCAAAGAUUGCCUGUUAUAGCAAAGGAAGCGUCACAGCCCUGUUGCCCUAAAGCAGUAGUAGAGUUGCAGAAGGCAGAAAAGAAAGCAUUUUCUCCAGCUACAGCUCCUGCAAAUACAGCUGUGACCAACAGCUCUCAGAAAAGAACUGCUCCUGCGCCAGUUGUUGGGUGGCCACCAAUUCGUUCAUUUAGGAAGAAUCUGGCUAGUAGUAGCUCUUCUUCAAAACCCACCUCAGAAUCACAAAAUCCUGUCCAGAACAAGAAGAUUCACGGUGAAAAACCAGCGGAGACCUCAGGAAAAGGCCUAUUUGUGAAGAUCAACAUGGAUGGUGUCCCUAUUGGUAGGAAAGUGGACCUCAAAGCCCAUGACAGCUAUGAUAAGCUCUCUUCUGUUGUUGAUGAACUCUUCAGGGGACUACUUGCAGCUCAAAGAGAUUCCUCUGCUGGUGGAACUCAAAACAAUCAAGAGGAAGGGAAAGCCAUUACUGGAUUACUGGAUGGAAGUGGAGAAUAUACACUUGUUUAUGAAGAUAAUGAAGGAGACAGAAUGCUUGUUGGGGAUGUCCCAUGGCAUAUGUUUGUAUCCACAGUGAAAAGGCUGCGAGUUCUUAAGAGCUCUGAACUUUCUGCACUUAGUCUUGUUAAUAAUAAGCAAGACCAGAUGCGAGUUGACUCAUCAUUGAAGUGAAGAAUGAGAGAAAUAUUUUAUCUGAAGUAAAAAAAAAAAUUCCUACUAAAGUUUGGAAGAGAGUUUGUAUUUGACAUUUUGUUUUCGUGUUUUCUAUGAUCAAGAAAGUAAAAAAAAAAUGUUAGCCUAAGAACAAUGUAAUGAAGUUUUUCGGAUUUGUUUUUGCUGAAAAUGCUGUUUAUUCCAACUCGGCUCUUUGUAGAAAAAUGAUAGCCUUCGUAAUAUAUGUUCUGAAUUCUGACA